UCAUCGCACUGCCACGUGUUACACAAUGAAUGGAAAUGUUUGUAAUCUCGCCUGCCAUAUCAGCACCUCCCCCCCACUCCAAGCACGCCAGCAAAUUGCACCCACUGAAGCUAAGGCUUGUCAUCCUCUGCUGUCUUCCCUUCCAAUCACCCAAAACAAAAAUCGGCAUAGAACUCCAUUCCUUAUGUUGGUUCAGGUCUUUUCUUCGUUUCCUUAGGAGCCCAGAUUUUGUCUCUUGACAAAGAGUUAUACCAUGGAGGCCCUAAAUGCAGCAGGUUUGACCCCAAUAUCGGUUCUUUGUGAAAAAAGAACAGAACCUGGAAAAUUUUUAUGCCUCCCUGCUACUUCAUCACUCAAAUUCUCAAACUCUGCUUCUCUAAGCUCCACUCCACAUACUAAUACCAUACAAGAGUGCUUAUCAAGAACUUUUCAUGGGGGUCUAGUAGCCUUAUCUUCAGUUCUUAGCACUGGGUUAGCUAAAGCUUUAACAUAUGAGGAAGCACUACAACAGUCAACGAGCACCCCCGCAUCGGAUUUUGAUGCCAGUGGAGUUCUUGAUAAUGUUAUCAGUUUUGCAACUGAAAACCCAACUGUUAUAGGAGGUGGUGCUGCAAUUUUGGCAGUUCCAUUGGUUUUGUCUCAGAUUCUAAAGAAACCCAAGCCAUGGGGUGUUGAGUCUGCAAGAAAAGCUUAUGCAGUAUUGGGAGAUGAUGCAAAUGCUCAGUUACUUGAUAUAAGAGCGCCAGUGGAAUUGAAAAAAAUGGGUACUCCUGAUAUCAGGGGUUUCAAAAAGAAGCCAGUGUCAAUUGCUUACAAAGGUGAUGAUAAGCCAGGUUUCUUGAAGAAGCUGUCUUUGAAGUUUAAGGAACCAGAAAAAACUACAUUGUUCAUUCUAGAUAAAUUCAAUGCGAACUCUGAACUGGUUGCAGAGUUGGUCACUGUAAACGGAUUUAAAGCUGCUUAUUCUAUAAAAGAUGGUGCAGAUGGACCACAGGGAUGGAUGAAUACUAGCGUUCCUUGGAUACCUCCAAGUAAAGGGUUGAGUCUUGAUCUUAGCAAUUUGACAGAUACUCUCAGCAAUGCACUUGGGGAGGGCUCGGAUGCCUUGCCUCUGACCAUUGGGAUUGCAGCAGCUGCUGGCUUAGGUGUGUUAGCAUUUUCAGAGAUAGAAACAAUUCUCCAAGUAUUAGGCUCAGCUGCAAUUGUUCAGUUUGUGAGUCAGAAACUCCUGUUUGCAGAGGAACGUAAGAAAACUCUGCAGCAGGUUGAUGAAUUCUUGAACACCAUGGUUGCCCCUAAAGAGCUUGUUGGUGAUAUAAAGCAAAUUGGGAAGGCUCUUCUACCAACAGUGGGGCCAAGUAAGGCACUCCCUCGACCUGUGGAACCAAGUUCAGAAUCUGCUGCUGCUGAUAGUACUGUACAGAAGUCAGAACCUGCUUCAGAGCCAGCUCCACAAAUAAAUUCAGUUGAAGCAGAAUCAGUUUCUGGGUUUCCAAGUCCCCUUUCGCCAUAUGCAUCUUAUCCAGAUUUCAAGCCCCCAACAUCUCCUACUCCAUCACAGCCCUAAAGUUAUAGUUGCAUGUCUGCAGGCGUGUUUCUACAAGAAGCAACCGUUUUGCCGGCCAUUUGUAGGGCUAUUUCAUGAGUUGUCCAAUCUGUGCUCUUGAAACGUAAAAUUUUAUGGCUUUACUUGACAUUCAAGCGAAGGAUUUAAGGGAUGAUUUGGGGUCUUCCAGCCAAUAAGAUUAUGUUUCUCUUAGCUCUUCAUGGCUUGUGGAUCUUUUGUAGAACUUGUUCAUGAUUUAACUAUAUAAACCAGUGUGAUAUGGUUCAGUUUUUUAAGACUGUAGAAAUAUAACAUGUGUAAAAUCCGUAUGUAACUUUCACUGGGAUAGUUUAAGUGCCAUGCUUGCGUAAACUAAGACUUCUUAAGUUCUCUCCGCUGUUUAAAAUUAUAAAUUUCAAUAUUGUUUUCCUAA